ACACAGGCCCAGCAUCCACAGCUCGCAUCCGAUUUCCAAUUUCAAAUCCUUCGAUCGCGCAGCGCCGCCCGCCCUCUCGCAGCUCUCUCCGAUGGCCCGCACGAAGCAGACGGCGAGGAAGUCAACUGGCGGCAAGGCGCCGCGGAAGCAGCUGGCCACCAAGGCGGCGCGCAAGUCGGCUCCGGCCACCGGCGGCGUGAAGAAGCCGCACAGGUUCCGCCCCGGCACCGUCGCUCUCCGCGAGAUCCGCAAGUACCAGAAGAGCACGGAGCUGCUCAUCCGGAAGCUGCCCUUCCAGCGGCUGGUGCGUGAGAUCGCGCAAGACUUCAAGACCGACCUUCGGUUCCAGUCCUCCGCUGUCGCCGCGCUGCAGGAGGCCGCCGAGGCGUAUCUGGUGGGUCUCUUUGAGGACACCAACCUCUGCGCCAUCCACGCCAAGAGGGUCACCAUCAUGCCCAAGGACAUCCAGCUCGCGCGCCGCAUCAGGGGCGAGAGGGCCUGAUUGCUGCUCUGUCUUCCUGUUUCUGUAAUGUCUGAACUAGGCGAUGGACUCUAUCGCUUCUUGUCCUGCAAUCGUGUACCGAUGUUCUUGGCAAAUCAAUUUGGCUGUUAUGAAUGUGAUUCAGUGAUUUGAUUUAUAA